CCGCGCGCGCCCGCCUUGGGGCGGCCCGAUGCCCGAGCCCGGCCCCAGGAUGAACGGCUUCUCCCUGGGCGAGCUGUGCUGGCUGUUCUGCUGCCCGCCCUGCCCGAGCCGCAUCGCCGCCAAGCUGGCCUUCCUGCCGCCCGAGCCCACCUACACGGUGCUGGCGCCGGACCCGCAGCGCGCGCCCGCGGGGGGACCCCCGCCGCCGCCGCCGCCAUCAUCAUCAUCCCCGCCUCAGCCGUCCCCUCAGCCGCCCCCUCAGCCGCCGCCGGCGCCUCAGCAGCAGGAGGAAGGACCGGCCGCGGCCGCCGGCGGGGGGUCGUCGUCGUCGUCGUCGUCAUCGUCGUCCGAGGCGGCCUGCAGCCUGCACCUGAGCGAGCGGGCGGACUGGCAGUACUCGCAGCGGGAGCUGGACGCGGUGGAGGUGUUCUUCUCGCGCACGGCCCGCGACAACCGGCUGGGCUGCAUGUUCGUCCGCUGCGCGCCCGCCAGCCGCUACACGCUGCUCUUCUCGCACGGCAACGCCGUGGACCUGGGCCAGAUGUGCAGCUUCUACAUCGGCCUGGGCUCCCGCAUCAACUGCAACAUCUUCUCCUACGACUACUCGGGCUACGGGGUCAGCUCGGGCAAGCCGUCCGAGAAGAACCUGUACGCCGACAUCGACGCCGCCUGGCAGGCCCUGCGCACCCGAUACGGGGUCAGUCCAGAGAACAUCAUCUUGUACGGGCAAAGUAUCGGGACUGUCCCGACGGUGGAUCUGGCGUCUCGGUACGAGUGUGCAGCUGUAAUUCUCCAUUCCCCGCUCAUGUCGGGCUUACGGGUGGCCUUUCCUGAUACCAGGAAAACAUACUGCUUCGAUGCUUUCCCAAGCAUCGACAAGAUCUCGAAAGUGACCUCUCCCGUCCUGGUGAUCCACGGGACCGAAGACGAGGUGAUCGACUUCUCCCACGGCCUCGCCAUGUACGAGCGUUGUCCGCGGGCCGUGGAACCCCUUUGGGUAGAAGGGGCAGGGCACAAUGACAUAGAACUAUACGCACAGUACCUGGAAAGACUAAAACAGUUCAUCUCCCACGAACUCCCCAACUCCUGAGAGAGAGGAUGCCUGCUUUACCUCAGCUCCCGCGACUGGAAGAAGGAUCCGUCGUUGGCACAAGCUUCUUCAACCGGGUAGCCAUCCCCCCCGCCCCUUCCCGCCCCGGGGCGUAUCCCCAUCCGCACCUCCGCCGAAAUUUUCCGUCUUUUCUAUCCGGAGAUGGUUCUUCUGACACACACAAGACGCGACCCCCCUGCUGUGGACGAGGUGGGGGUGGCGGCCGAACGUGAGGACUUUGAAAUGCUUUGAAAUGUCCCCGGAAUCCAUUCUCCCUAUCUGGUUUCCACUCACUUAAAAUUCUGUCCCGCGAGGCUUUUCGUUCUUUUUUCUCCCCGCCUCCACGCUCCCAAUAGCCAGAACGCACCCGUCGUCCGCCUCCACAGCUUCCACUUCACGUAGGUCCGAUCCAAGGGAGGGUUUGAUCUGUAAAAAUUUCUAACUGUGAUAUUGUAACCGGAAAGCUAUUAUGAUGGGAUUUUCCUCUUACUGGUGAUUUUUCGUUACUGCUAAUCUUCCCCGGGAGACUGAACAACCUGAAUGGGGCUCUAGCCAACCACUUUCGGCAACUGUAACUAUAUAAAUAUAACUGGAAUAUUCUUUAAAAAAUGAUGAAACGAGUGUUUUUGCUGAAGAAAUAAAUGUGUAAAUUUGUUACUAGCCAACAGUUUUCCUAUUCAGAUGGUCUGAGUGGUCUGCACCGGAGCCAUAACAGACUUUUCUUCUGUAAAGCAUUCCUUAGAGACUUUUUAAAGGUACUGUACAUAUUUGAACUUUACAUUGUGCAUAGGUUCCUAAUUGGUAGUUUUCCUUUAAGUCUAGUUUCAAGCGAUGGACUGCAAAAUUCUGGUUUGUAAAUGAUUGAAUACAUUUUGUUAGUAUGUUUUUAUCCCUGUGUUAUUUUGCUAUUAAAAAAAAAUUUUAUAACGUUUCCAAGACACAAAAAUGUACGCACACUUUUAAGUUUUGAUGAAUUUCUGUAAUUAAAAUUUCAUUAAAUGGAUCUUUUCAGUUUAGAAGUAAUUUGUUUUUUGACACUGGACUCACAUGGAGUAUGCACCAGAAAUGCAAGACAUUAAAACUGCUACACUACUCAUCAAAGGUCUGUCUCGUUUUCCAAAUUUCAAGGCCUUAAAUGUACUGUAAACCUCAGAUUGUUGUCGAAAUGGAUUGCGGUUGAUUGCCAGUUUGUGUACCGUUGCUGGAACGCAACAUAGUAGUUGUAAUGGAAUAAAGGAUGCAUGGAUUAGAGCACGUUGGA